AGAUUCGCAUCCUUAGGCCACGGUGAACGCCUGGAGAAGGGAGAAGGAAGCAGAGGAGGGCCAGGAGGGCGGGGACGCGAGGUGCGGAGAGCCCCCCCCGCCGCCCCGCAAAGGCAGAAGCCGCCGCCCCCACCGGAGAGCUCCGCGCCGGCAGACCGCCUGCCCGCUGCCUCGGGCACCCACCUUCCCCCAGCCAUGCCAGGCCCGGCCGCCGACGGGGGGAAGGCCCCCUUCCGCAGCGCCAGGGAGGACGUCCGCGCCGGGGUCGGGGCCGAGGGUGCGGAGGGCGGCGGCAGCCGGGAGAGGCCCGGCGAGCGGCGGCCGCGGCAGGACAUCGUCUGGAGGAACGUCGUGCUGAUGAGCCUGCUCCACUUGGGGGCCGUGUACUCCCUGCUGCUCAUCCCCAAAGCCCAGCCGCUCACGCUGCUCUGGGCCUACUUCUGCUUCCUCCUGACCGCUCUGGGUGUGACAGCGGGCGCCCAUCGCUUGUGGAGCCACAGGUCCUACAAGGCCAAGCUGCCUCUGAGGAUAUUUCUGGCUGUCGCCAACUCCAUGGCUUUCCAGAACGACAUCUUCGAGUGGUCCAGGGACCACCGCGUCCACCACAAGUACUCGGAGACGGACGCUGACCCCCACAACGCCCGGCGCGGCUUCUUCUUCUCUCACAUCGGGUGGCUGUUUGUCCGCAAGCACCGGGAUGUCAUCGAGAAGGGGAGGAAGCUGGACGUUACCGACCUGCUGGCUGACCCUGUGGUCCGGUUCCAGAGAAAGUACUAUAAGAUCUCCGUGGUGCUCAUGUGCUUCGUGGUCCCCACGCUGGUGCCCUGGGGCGUCUGGGGGGAGAGCCUGUGGAAUUCCUACUUCCUGGCCUCCAUCCUCCGCUACACCGUCUCACUCAACGUCACCUGGCUGGUCAACAGUGCCGCCCACAUGUACGGAAACCGGCCCUACGACAGGCACAUCAGCCCCCGGCAGAACCCGCUCGUCACCCUGGGUGCCAUCGGUGAAGGCUUCCACAACUACCAUCACACCUUUCCCUUCGACUACUCUGCGAGUGAAUUGGGCUUAAAUUUCAACCCGACCACCUGGUUCAUUGACUUCAUGUGCUGGCUGGGGCUGGCCACUGACCGCAAACGGGCCACCAAGCUGAUGAUCGAGGCCCGGAAGGCCAGGACUGGAGACGGCAGUGCCUGACCCUGGAACCUGAAGACGCCUCCGUUCACGGCCUUUGUUAAUUACACUUCGCUCGGUCCCUGGCUCCCGGGAGGCGGUACAGGGUGGGGAGGGAGUGGAAUCUGUGUGGUUCGGGAAUUUUGUGUUGGGCUCAAAAUAAUGUCAAGAUACAACUAUCAAUGAGAAGCAUUUUUUAAAAAGUCAGUGUAGCUCUGAUUGGACGCUAGAGCGGGGACACGUGGUUUAAUCCUACAACGACGUGUCAGACAUUAUCCUGUUCAUUAACCCUGACGCGACGCAGGAGUGUCAUUCUUUCAGGGUGAUUCAGGAUAGCCCGUUCCCUUUUUCUACCCAUUAACCCAGCAUUAUUUUUAAACACAGUAUCUGAAGGAGCAGAGAGGCAGGGUAGAACCCAAAACAGAGGGUCUGAGUAGGCACUGAAGACUGUUUCUGUUUUGUAAUUAUCGUGCGUGCAUUUUUAUUGUUGUUUUUCAGUAAGAGAAUCGACAGCUUAAAACGAAAUGAGAAUACAGGCAAUGGCUCUCUUAUUUUCUUGACCUGUUUCCAGCUUGUUAAUGCUCCAUUGUCUUUGCUUCAAGAGAUCUGUUCACUGCUCAGCUAGUUUCACAUCCUGAGCUCUAUGCCCAGCUGACCUUAUAAAUCAAUGCCUGUUUUAGGUGUUUGAUUUUCUUCUUUGCUAUUGUUAUUUUAAGGUGUAUAACUCAGAGGUGCCAGACAUCAAAUUAAGCGCAAAUUAAGCUCUCAUUUAAAUGUUUAGACAUCUAAUUUAUAUUCUAAUUGAUGCCAGCCAAUGAUGCAUGUAUUUUACCUACUCCUGCUGAAUAAGCAUAUUAAUUUUCCACACCAGGCCAUCAGAUCUUAAUAACCGACAGUUAUCUAGAACUCCGUGUCUACAAAUGUUUCACCUGCAUGCGGCCUUCAUUGAUUUUGCAGCAAGACAUAAAGUGAUCAUUAUGUAGCUUCUGGAUUAAAAAAAAAAAUCGUGUGUUCAGUUGCGUUGUAAAGAGCACGUCGUCUUAAUGGGACAGUGUGCCCUUUGUGUUAGAUGUUAGAGCAAAAGAAAGCCUUAGAGUUUUGACAUUGGAGCACUUCGAAGACAGUGCUUCAAAGAUAGGGAAGAUGUAGGAUUUCAAUUUCAAUUUACAAUUUUUGAGAACGAGAUGACGCCAGUAGGAAAUUGCCAUAAUAAAGUUCUUCGCCCAGCAGGUGUUUCGCGGUGUUAUUUUUGCCAUUAAUCAUGUGUAAAUAUGGGUGAUUUACAAUAAAUGAUUAUGAAUUCA